AUGAUUCACCUUCUCGUCAAAUAAUAUAGGAUACGAAAGAGAUGUAAUAAAUAUGGAGCGUAACCAAUUACAUUCAUUUAAAGCAGACCGAAAAAUCCUCUUUCUACAGAGCACCUCGAGCACGUCGCGUCGGUUAAGUUCCAUUCCCACGUUCAGACUUCCCCCAAGUCUUAACACGCGAAGCGAUUCUUCCUCCAUUUCCAACCUGUUCAGGUUGCUGCUGGAAUAAGGGAGCAGCGAAAAAUCUUUGUGGAUCUUUAAAUAAGUUUGAAGCUAUAACUCUGAAAUGAGUCAGAGAGGCUUAAUAUACAGCUUUGCUGCGAAAGGAACCGUUGUUUUAGCAGAGCACACUUCGUACUCGGGGAACUUUAGUACCAUAGCUGUUCAGUGCUUACAGAAGCUGCCGUCGAAUAGCAGCAAGUACACAUAUUCGUGUGAUGGGCACACAUUUAAUUUCCUCAUCGACAAUGGAUUUGUUUUUCUUGUUGUUGCGGAUGAAUCGGUUGGAAGGAGCGUGCCUUUUGUGUUUCUUGAACGGGUGAAGGAUGAUUUUAAGCAGCGUUAUGGUCCAAGUAUCAAAGAUGUGGGUCCACACCCACUUGCAGAUGACGACGACGACGACGAUCUGUUUGAGGACAGAUUUAGUAUUGCAUACAAUCUGGACAGAGAGUUCGGGCCAAGGCUCAAGGAGCACAUGGAUUACUGUAUGAACCACCCAGAAGAAAUGACCAAGCUUGCCAAAUUGAAGUCUCAAAUAUCUGAGGUCAAGGGGAUUAUGAUGGACAAUAUCGAGAAGGUUUUGGAUCGUGGGGAGAGGAUUGAGCUGUUGGUUGAUAAAACGGAAAAUUUACAGUUCCAGGCUGACAGCUUUCAGAGGCAAGGCAGGCAACUUAGAAGAAAGAUGUGGCUGCAGAAUCUCCAAAUGAAGCUGAUGGUAGGAGGGGCGAUCUUCGUCGUGAUUGUCAUACUGUGGCUCAUUGCCUGUGGAGGUUUCAAAUGCUGAUGGAUAAUAACAAAAUGGAGUCUUCAGUAGCACCUAGGCUAUCGUUUUUGUGUUAUUUGGUGUACAAAUUUUUAUUAUUCCUGUAUAUGGGAGACCUUUGGUGUUGGAAACUAAACCGUGUUUGACCUUGUAAUUAAACCUCUGUACUUCUUGAUGGUUUUAUUAAUUAGUUCCUAAUCUAGAGACUGACAAGUCUAUUGAGAACUUGCUUGUUAGUUUUUCA